GCGGCUAGAGACACUGAGGCUGAUUUCAAUGCACCUCAACCAGUUACCAGUCCCCCUCCCCUCACCGCGUCAACGAGCGGCCGCCCCGGCCUCCCGAUUCCGCGCGGAUCGCUGCGCCUCGCCGGCGUCGCCCCCACCUACCCGCCGUCGCCGUGCCUCCCCCGGGGUUCCUUCUUCCCGGGCCCGCAGCCGCAUCUCGUCGGAUUCAAUCCGCUGUUCAGUUAGCGGGGCUAGCCCUCGCCGCGGCGGCUCCCGGGCGCACGGGAGACGAGUGAGCAGCAUCUCGUAGCAUCCGCGUCGUUGUUGCUGCAGAGGAAGAAGGGAUGCACGAGCGAGCCGUUUGGAUUUGUUUGUGCGAUCUGGGUGGACAAACGUGUCGUCCGAAGGGAUCUCACCACUCCAGCCAGAGUUCGAUGCUGCUGUUGGCAGUCCUCUGCACCCACCACAACCAGUUCUGCCAGUCGCAGUCUGCAGCAGUCCACACGCGUUUUCGUUCAGAGGUCUUUGUUCAACUCCUCUGCUUGUCCUUUCCCUUGCUUUGCACACACGUUCACAUUGACCUGCGGUGCAGUUAAAGCCUGCCUUCUGGUCCAUGUCUGGUCCCCAAAUCCUUCAAAAGUCAUCCUUCACCCAAGAUCAUACAAGCUCAAACCUUAGCACUCCCUGUUGUUCUUGCACAUCGGCAUUAUGCCCUCUCUCUUGUCUCUACUCUGUAUUUUGCUUAGCCUUUUCUCCUUCGACACAUCGGCAUUAGCUGCAUCACAAGCAAACAUGUCAGAGAUCGAUCGCCAAGCCCUACUCUGCUUCAAGUCUGGCAUCAGCUUCAAUCCCUUUGGCAUCCUACACUCAUGGAGCAAUGGUUCGCUCAACUUUUGUAGCUGGAAAGGGGUCACCUGCGGCAAAAAAAUUCCACCACGGGUGGUCUCUUUGGACCUCACAUCUGCUCGUCUCGGUGGGCGGUUAUCUAGAUGUGUCGGUAACUUGACUUUUCUAUCCUUGAUGAACCUUGCCGAUAAUUAUCUGUCGGGAACCAUCCCCGGAGAAUUGGGUAAGCUUCCAAACCUCCAUACACUGAAUCUUGCUGGCAGCAACCUGGAAGGUAACAUCCCUAAAUCACUAGGCACUAGCAAUUCACUUAGCUAUGUCAAUCUUGCAAACAACAGCCUUACCGGUGGCAUCCCUGUCUCACUGGCCAAUAGCGUCUCACUCAGUACACUUAUACUGUCACGUAAUAACCUCUCUGGAGAGAUCCCUUCUGUUUUGUUUGAUAAUUCAUCUAAGCUUACCGUGGUUGAUCUCCAGAAAAAUUCUUUCACUGGUCCCAUCCCACAUUUCCAUACGGUCGCAACUCUCAAAUUUCUUUGCCUGACAGAGAACUUCCUCUCCGGAAGCAUACCUCCAUCAUUAGGAAAUGUUUCUUCCCUCAGUUCUAUAUUCCUCGGCCAAAAUAGGUUAUCUGGAUUAAUUCCAGAGACUUUGAGUCACAUUACAAAACUACUUGAGCUUGAUCUAAGUUUCAACAGUUUAUCAGGGAGUGUCCCGUCGUCUAUUUACAACAUGACAUCACUAAGGUACUUUAGCGUAGGCAGCAAUACACUUGUUGGACAAAUACCAUCUCACAUUGGUUACUCACUAUCAAACCUCCAGUUGCUUAUCCUGGGAAGCAACAGACUGAAGGGCCUGAUCCCUGCUUCACUUGCCAACAUGUUAAAUCUUCAAAUACUUGAUCUUUCAAACAACUCGUUACAUGGCUCUGUUCCAUCUCUUGGUUCGUUGGCAAACUUGCAUGAGUUGGAUUUAGGGAGUAACUUGCUAGAAGCACAUGACUGGUCAUUUCUUACAUAUCUAGCAAAUUGCACCCAGCUCACAAAGCUGUCCUUGAAAGGGAAUGUUCUAAAUGGCAGCCUACCUAUAUCAAUUGUUAAUCUUUCCAGGAGGUUAGAAUAUUUAUCGCUUGGGUCAAACCAAAUUUCAGGCUCCAUACCUGUAGAGAUUGGCAAUCUUGUUAAUCUCUUUUCGCUUGGGAUGGAAAGCAAUUUUCUUUCUGGAAGCAUACCUUCUUCCAUCGGCAAGCUACGAAACCUCUAUAUCCUAAAUCUGUCAAAGAACAAAUUAUCAGGUCAGAUUCCUCCCUCAAUUGGUGAUGUUACUCAACUUGCUAAACUUUACCUUGAUGGUAACAACUUGAGUGGAAAUAUACCUGGUAGUUUAGCCCAGUGCAUGGGGCUUUUUGAACUAAACUUGUCUCAAAACAAUCUUGAUGGCUCGAUACCAGUCAGACUUUUUGCUGACCUUCUAUUCGCCUGGAGUCUGGACUUCUCACACAACAAUCUCACAGGGGAACUACCACCGGUACUUGGUACAUAUGGCAUUGGUAGUGGUCUAGUGUCCCUUCACAUGGAAGGAAACAGGUUUCAUGGACAAAUUCCAGAAAGAUGGCAUCUAUUAGUAUCAACCCGGCAGAUUAAUCUUUCUCACAAUGGCUUAUCCGGUGUCGUGCCCAAAUUCUUUGAGCAACUUGAUAAGCUGGAGCAACUUGAUCUCUCUUACAACAACUUGGAAGGGGCUGUUCCUGCAAGUGGUAUCUUCACGCAUUCUUCUGCAGUAGUUUUGGAUGGCAACAAGGGACUCUGCUCAAAUUCCCCCAGGCUAGCGUUACCAAUUUGUCCUGGCAUCUCAGGUUCAGCAACUAAAGUGAAGCAUCAUCUGUCAUUGCUGGUGACCUCGCUGCUAAUUGUACUACCGCCACUUACUAUUGGUUCCCUAGUCUUGAUAUGGUUUAUGCUCACUAUUUGGAAGAAAGGGUCGUUUCCAUUUUCACGAUGGGAUCUUGUGUCCAAGAUGUUUCCUAAUAGAAGAGAAGUGCAUACAGCCCCGUGCCAUGACGAGAAGAAGCUGAAGAGAGUGUCAUACAAGGACAUUCUUAAAGCUACCAACUGGUUUUCUUUGGUCCAUACUAUCAGCUCAACUUGUACUGGUUCAGUUUAUGUUGGUAGGUUCAAGUCCGACAAGAGCCUAGUUGCCAUCAAAGUAUUCAACUUGAACGAACCUGGUGGAUACGAGAGUUACCUUAUUGAGUGUGAAGUGCUCCGAAGCACCCGCCAUAGAAAUAUAAUGCGACCUGUGACCCUAUGCUCAACAUUGGAUUCAGAAAACCAUGAGUUCAAAGCACUAAUCUUCGAGGUCAUGGUUAAUGGAAGCCUGGAGGCAUGGUUGCAUUCUGAGCAGCACAAUGGAAUUCUAGACAAAGUGCUAAGCUUUGGCCAGAGGAUAUGCAUAGCAGCAGAUGUGGCUUCUGCUCUUGAUUAUGCCCACAAUGAACUGACGCCUCCUUUGAUCCAUUGUGAUUUGAAGCCAAACAAUGUCCUUUUGGAUGAUGACAUGACUGCGCGGCUCAGUGACUUUGGCUCAGCAAAGUUUCUAUCACUAGGUCUAGUAAUUCCUAAAAGCCUGCAUGAUGUUGGAGGGACAAUUGGAUACGUGGCACCUGAGUACAGAAUGGGCUGCGAGAUCUCCGUAGGCGGUGAUGUGUAUAGUUUCGGAGUGCUUCUACUGGAAUUGCUUACUGGAAAACGACCUACUGAUGAUAUGUUUGUGGAUGGACUUAGCCUUUGUAAGUUCUGUGAAUCUAAGUUCCCAGACAGAGUUGCAGAGAUUCUUGAUCCUCAUAUGGCGCAUGAGGAGCAUCAAGGGUGCACAGAAGGAUGGAUUCAGAGAUAUAUUGUCCCCUUGGUUGCCCUUGGGCUGUCAUGUACGGUGGAAUCUCCGAAGGAUAGGCCCGGAAUGAAAGAUGUUUGUGCAAAACUUUCUGAUAUUAGAGCCUCUUUUCUUUAGCUGUCAUGAUGAUUAAUGAAUAUAUCAAUUAUGUUAGAGCAUACUGAUUCAUUAUAUUAAGAAUGUGUUUUUUUACUGGUACAGUGCAUAUUGUACCCAAUCUAUUUGACAAACUGAAAUGAACUGUGUAUGUGAUUUGCAGUUAGUCAUAGUAGGAUAUUGGAAAUAUCAACCAUUCUUUGUUCCAGAGUUGU